AUUCAGUUUAUUGCGGGGAGCACUACCUAUCGGUUGUUCAGUUCGAGCUUUGGAUUGUCGAAGGAUCCCAUAAAAGGACCAUGGUGAUUGAGGAGUGGAAGAAGAGUGGCAUUGCCACCAAGUUCCCAACGUACAGAAAUUCCGGUCUAGUGACCACACACAGCUGGCAGCUGGGAAAGCGUGAGGAUGAUCGGGCGGAAGGACUCUGGCGCAUACACGAUGGCAUCUACGACUUUACGGAGUUCAUUGACAAGCAUCCUGGCGGUCCCUUCUGGAUACGCGAGACAAAGGGCACCGACAUUACGGAGGCCUUUGAGGCACAUCAUCUGACAACUGCUCCUCAGAAGAUGAUCGCCAAGUACUGGGUGCGAGAUGCGGCAGAGCCCAGGAUCUACACAUUGACCCUGGAUGAGGGCGGAUUCUACAAGACCCUCAAGGAGCGAGUGCGCAACGAGCUGAAAACCAUCGACAAGAAACCAAAGCGCAAGAGUGAUCUGAUUCACUUGGGCGUUCUGGUGUCCUUGUUCCUGUUUGCCAUCAUCAGUGCCAAGUACAAGAGUUUAGUGGCUUUGGUGCUGGCGGGUGUGGCGCUCUGCUGGACAGUGAUCGUAUCGCACAAUUACUUCCAUCGUCGCGACAAUUGGCAGAUGUACGCCUUCAAUCUGGGCCUGAUGAACUUCACCGCCUGGCGCGUGUCGCAUGCCCUGUCCCAUCACAUCUAUCCCAAUUCGUAUAUGGAUCUGGAGCUGUCCAUGUUCGAGCCGCUGCUCUGCUGGAUUCCCAAUCCACACCUCAAGAGCAAGGCCAUGCGUUACGUGUCCUGGGUGACGGAGCCGGUGGCCUAUGCCCUCGCAUUUUUCAUUCAGAUCGCCACGCGAAUUUUCUACUCGCUCCGCCACACAAACAUCAUGUACUGGCACGAUCUGCUGGCUCUCAGCAUACCCGUCUCCAUCUACCUGGGAACGGGCGGCACGGUGGGCGUGCUGGCCUGCCUGCGUACAUGGCUGGCGAUGACGUCGAUUGCCAGCUUCAGCUUCUGCCUUAUCGGCCUGAAUGCAGCGCAUCAUGACCCGGAAAUCUAUCACGAGGGCGACACGAAUCGCGAGGACCGCGACUGGGGCCUGUUCCAGGUGGACACGAUCAUCGAUCGCGGUGAUCUCAAGUGGUCGCAGUUCUUAGUGCUCACUCACUUUGGCGACCAUGUGCUGCACCAUCUUUUCCCUACUCUCGAUCAUGGUCUACUGCCAGCCCUCUAUCCGGUGCUCUACCAGACUCUCGACGAGUUCAAGGGUCAUUUGCGCGAAUGCAAUCACAUUGAGCAUAUGAUUGGACAGCAUAAGCAGCUGCUGCGCAUCACACCCAAUCCCAAGCCACCCGGUUCGGGCAAGAAAGUAAAGUAGCUGGUAACACAUUCAUCAACAUCUUUAGAUGUGUAAAAUGCAUGCAGCUGUACAGCAGGAAGUUUAAGUCAAAGACAAUAGAGUAGUUUUCUUUUUUAUUUUGUAAAUAAAUCAAUAAAUCAAACAAUUA